AUGUUUCCGAGUGGCUCAUACCAAGUCGGCCGAAUUGUAAAGCAAAGAAGGGUAGGUGUUGCCUGUAACCCCUGCCGUGUGCACAAGAUCCGCUGUGAUGGGAUUUGGCGGAAAUGUGGUACUUGUCUUCGCCGUCGCCGUCGAGAAACUUGUGUUUACGGCGAUGACAACAUGGUCAGAAUUUCGAGUAAGUGUGCUAUCGAAAUGGCUGAAGUCGUUAUGUCUGAUGUCGCUUCUCCGAUCUCUAGGCACAAGAGCAAGUGCCAGUUGAGGAUUAGUUCGAGCCUGAAGUCACGGCAAUGGGCUUUACUACUCGUCCUCUUGCUUUCACAGCGGCUGCAGGAAACCAUGAAAUCUGGUGAGCUUUCUCCGGGGCCUUCUGCAGCCUCUGAUACCACCCAGAUACCCUUCAUUGAGAAGAAUACAAGAAGCGUGGACAUCGCAUUGGAUCUCCUUCCGCCUCGCGCACUAGCAGACCAUCUCGUGGACUGCUACUUUACCAAGAUUCACGUUCUGUAUCCAUUUGUACACAAGAAAGCUUUUCUUUCGCGUAUCAGCAGCUCUGGACGUCUGGCGACCCGCAAGAACCUUUUACUACGGUUAAAUAUUGUCUUCGCUCAUGGGUGCCAAUUUUCAGAAAUGAUGUGUGUUGAGCGCCAAACAACGUCUGAAGCUUUCUUUCAUCGGUGCAAGCCGGCUCUUGACGUGGAUUACCUCGAGCGUGGAGACUUAGCUCUAGUUCAGGUCGUUCUGUUUAUAGCCCAUUAUCUCCAAGGUUCGCAAACUCCCAACCGCUGUUUGCACGCUAUCGGAACUGCAUUUCGGCUGGCUCAAGGGCUCGGUCUACAUGCGACUGUUGGCGACGAGCAUCGUUCCUUUGCCCAGAAGCAGAUGAGGAGGCGAGUUUGGCACGGUUGUAGAAUGUUAGACCUCGUUGAGUGGUUCGUUGCCACUUUGAAAUUGCAUGAAUUGCUGCGAAAGAUUCACAACAUACUUUACGAGGACGAGGCGGAACAUCACUGUCGAGGUUCAGCAGAUAAGAAGGCUCAAAGUGUCCGACAGGUCCAAUUUAUUACUCAGAUUGAACUGGACCUAGACGAAUUUCGGGUGAAUGUCCCAAAACCGCUGAGUUGGGAGGACAUGACCCCUGACCUCCCAGAUCCGUCACUGAGAGAAAAGUGUCUGCUCAAAGUUGACACCUUCACUGCAGGGUUGGUCCUCAUUCUCGCCGAGUUCCAUAACGGGCUGUAA